AUGUUUGAGGAACCACAAACAGAACCGCUGGAUUUAACAAUGUCAAAAAUGUGUGGUGGACGGAUUGAACCACCAGAUGCAUCAAUAGUAGAAGCGAGUGGGAGACAAGCGGAUCACGAAGAUGCAAGGUCAUUGAACAUACCAAUUCAAGAAGCGAGUAGGGAACAGACAGCUGUAGGAGAUAUGCCAAAGAAAAUCUGGCUUAUGAGGAAACAUUCACAAAAUGCGACUCAGACAGGUAAGAAGCGGCUCAAAUGCGAAAUAUCCAAGAAGGAUUUCGUUGCUCCACCGAGCACACAUACGAUGAAUCAUGCAAAUGAGAAGCCGUUCCCUUGUUCGGAAUGCAACAUGAGUUUCAUCUGGCCAUCGCAUCUGAAUAGAUAUGAUGAUUCAUACCGUGAGAAACCGCACUCUUGUUCGGAAUGUGGGAAGAAUUUCACCCUUUCAUGUACUUUGAGUCAACAUAUGAAGAUUCAUACGAAUGAGAAACCGUUCUCUUGUUUGGAGUGCAACAUGAGUUUCAUCGGGCCAUCGCAUCUGAAUAGACAUAUGAAGAUUCAUAUCGUAAGAAGCCAUAUUCUUGUUCGGAAUGUGGGAAGAAUUUCGCCCAGUCAUCGAAUCUGCGUAUACAUAAGCAAAUUCAUAUCGGUGAGAAGUGCCCUUGCCUGA